GUUCCUUUUACGGGUGCUCCUUCUCCGUGUUAAUCUACCUGUAGUGGUAUAAUGUGAACCCCUCUCCGGGACGCGAAUCCGAAAUUUCCAACCUGCUCAACCUCAAACCGAACAAGGAGACAAAAAAAAAAAAAAACACGCACACAUUUCCACUGACUCUGUGUUUUUACUUUCGCAUACAAAAAGGCCACGCCGCCGCUCAAAUGUUCGUCCGAUGGGCUGGCUGGUUCUUGCCCGCCCACCCCUCAGUGCAUCGCCACACGAAAAACAAUCCGUCAACCGAGGCUCUGCAGAAUGAAGUCUAUUUUUGCCCUCGGCGCCCUCAUCAGCGCCGCCGCCGCGCAGGCUCCCGCGUGGGCGCAGUGCGGUGGAAACGGCCACACCGGUCCGACCACUUGCGUCUCGGGGCACUCGUGCGUCGUGGUGAAUGAGUGGUACCACCAGUGUCAACCCGGCGCGUCAAACCCUCCGGGCAAUGGCGGCGGCAGUCCUGGUGGUGGCGGCGGCAACGGCAAGUUCAUCUUUUUUGGCACCAACGAGGCCGGUGCCGAGUUUGGCCAGGACACUCUCCCUGGCGUAUGGGGCAAGGAGUACACGUUCCCGGAGCCUUCUACCAUUGAUACUCUGAUGAGCCAAGGCUACAACACGUUCCGCGUCUGCAUGGCAAUGGAGCGACUGGCAGACAAGGGGCUGACGGGCGCCUUCAACCAAGCGUACCUCCGCAACCUGACGACGGUGGUCAACCACAUCACCAACAAGGGCGGCUGGGCGGUGAUCGACCCGCACAACUACGGGCGGUACAACAAGGCCAUCAUCACCGACACGUCGGCCUUUCGGACGUUUUUCGUCAACCUGGGCACGGCCUUCAAGAGCAACAGCAAGGUGGUGUUUGACACCAACAACGAGUACAACACCAUGGACCAGAACCUGGUGCUCCGGCUCAACCAGGCCAGCAUCGACGGCAUCCGGGCGGCGGGCGCGACGUCGCAGUACAUCUUCGUCGAGGGCAACGCGUGGUCGGGGGCGUGGUCGUGGAACACGACCAACGACAACAUGAAGGCGCUCACGGACCCGCAGAACAAGCUCGUGUACGAGAUGCACCAGUACCUCGACUCGGACUCGUCGGGCACGUCGCCCGACUGCGUGAGCGCAAACAUUGGCGUGCAGCGCAUCGUGGGCGCCACCGAGUGGCUCAGGGCCAACAAGAAGGUCGGCAUGAUUGGCGAGUUCGCCGGCGGGCCCAACGAGCAGUGCAAGGCCGCCGUCAAGGGCAUGCUGGACCACAUGAAGCAGAACAGCGACGUCUGGCUGGGUGCCCUGUGGUGGGCUGCCGGGCCCUGGUGGGGCGACUACAUGUACGGCUUUGAGCCGCCCAGCUCCACGGCCUACGUCUACUACAACAGUCUGUUGAAGACGUACCUGUGAGGAGCGCUGGGUGAUGACGGUUGGUGGGGCAGUGCCGUAGUGUAUAUAUAGUACAUGUUUUAUUUUUAUCGACGUGACGUAGAAACAAAGACAAAAAAGUAUUUAUCAUGGCGAUCCAAGCUUG